GAAGUCAAGCGAUAGUCUCGCCGCAGUAUCGACCGUACGUGCACGUUUCGAUCUCUCAUCUCGAAGCUCCGAGCGGAACGACGGCUAUCGAUAACACCUCAUGUCAAGAGAGUCGUCAGAAUAGUCCAAAUAGAUUGUCAGGAGAAGCGAGUAAUGCGGAGAGUGAUGCCGAUGUGCGUGCGCUUUUGUACGUUUCUAAGCCACACCGGCGCGACAGUCUGUUGAGCUCGGGAUCGCGGCGGGAUCGGCAGGAUCGGCAGGAUCGGCAGGAUAAAUGCGCCCGACAGGAAGCAGCCGUGCCCGAGCCGCGAAGAGGCUUCCUAGAAUUAAGGGGAUUUAGCGUUUAGUUCACUGACGAACGACGGCAGACGGAAGCACCGCGCGACCUCGUCAUCGCAGCCCUCCGACUAAAGAAAAUGACAGUCAUGGAAUUCUUUGGUUGCGCCUUCCUGGCAUUCGGCCCACCGCUAGCCAUGUUUACGUUCACCGUCGCUGCCGAGCCCAUCAGAAUAAUCAUACUGAUCGCUAGCGCCUUUUUCUGGCUCAUCUCGCUGCUGCUGUCAUCGAUACUCUGGUACGCCGUCGUGCCGCUGCAGGAAUACCUCGCGUUCGGACUGGUGUUCUCCGUGCUGUUCCAGGAAGGUUUCAGGUACUUGCUGUACUGGGUGCUGCGUAAAGCCGAGAGAGGUUUGGAGAAAGUCACAACGACCCACGUGGCGGACAGCAGGCACGUAUUUGCUUACGUCUGCGGCUUAGGUUUCGGCUUCAUGAGCGGUGCCUUCGCUUUAGUCAACGUUCUGGCCGACGCAGUUGGGCCCGGCACUAUGGGACUCCGGCAAGGCACGGAAUACUUUUUCAUAAUAUCAGCUGCCACCACUCUGUGCUUCAUUCUGCUGCAUACGUUCUGGGGCGUGAUCUUCUUCUCCGCUCUGGACAAGAAAACCUGGGGACAGAUCGCCUGGGUGGUCGGAUCGCACCUGUUCGUCUCAUGUAUGACCUUGCUCAAUCGUUAUCAGGCGUACGCCGCCAGCCUCCUAUCGGCUUACAUAGUACUGGUGAUAACGGCCGCGAUCGCGUUCAAAAUCGCAGGUGGUCGGACGCACUCGUUAAUACUCUGUUUCCAGAGAAAAUGAGGACUUAUUGAAGGUUACUUAACGAUGUAAUCGCGGUUGAUAAAUCCGGCAGACACGAAACGUCGUAAUAAGAAGGAGGAUUUUCUUUAGGUGCUAGGCCGUAAGAGAAUUGUUCGUUGCUCCAUUACGUGGCACGUGUGAGGACAGUGCGUUGGGUGAGCAGAAUAUUUUCAUUCUUUCAGAUUGUUAAGCAGGAUCAUAGAAAACAUAAAUAGUAUCGAUAAGUAUUGCGUGGCUAAAGACAUAUUUUAUUGAAUUGCGCAUAUAAUAAUACAGUCACUUUUGACCAAACUAAAUGUCAAGGACAAUUUUCAUGCUAUGAUUGACGUUUUUAAAUUCACAUACCUCGAAACACAUCUCCUGAAACUGUAACACAUUACGUAAGGAUUCCAGUUACUUUCCCUUUCAAAGAGUCUAGCACUGAAUAUUCGGUCAAGCUGCUAGUCCGUCCCUUAAAUCCAUCGAAACGGUUAUGAGAAUGUGACUAAAGUCGGAAUAGCGUUUCGAUCAAGAGCAUGACACUGAGGAGAGUGUACAUUGGUCCCGUGCGUCUUGACUUGAGGAGAAAACAGAAAGUUUGAGAUGUGUGCGUGAUCACGUGCGCCCGUAUGCGUGUAUGUAUAUAUGUAUGCAUCUAAUGUACUACUAACAUCAAUCGGGAUGUGUAUUUAUGCGUGAACUCGCGCCUUAAAAGUGAAUUCCUUGACUAGAUUUAAAUGAAGAAACCAUAAGUAAUUUAAGGAAUUGUUCGUUACUUUUUGUAUGUAAAGAGGAAAGAAAAAAAGAAGCCAUCAAGAUGAUUACACUUAAGAUAAUUACUGUAACAUAUGUAUACCUCUUAACAUUUGAUCUAUUUAAUCCUCACUUACCGCAUCUCGCGAUCGUUUAUUAUCCGAUUCACAUUGCAUUUCGUAUGGCAGUUAAAUAAAAACAAUUUUUG